AUGGCGGCGGCCGAGCGCAGCCGCCGACCCCCUGACCCCCCCCCCAUUGUAGCCCAGGUGAAGCGGAAGAUCCUGGUGCUGGACCUGGACGAGACCCUGAUCCACUCCCACCACGACGGGGUCCUGAGACCCACAGUGCGACCUGGGACCCCCCCCGACUUCAUCCUAAAGGUGGUCAUUGAUAAACACCCCGUGAGGUUCUUCGUGCACAAACGGCCCCACGUCGACUUCUUCCUGGAGGUGGUGAGUGCCCCACAGCGGCCCCAUAAGUGCCCCAUAACGGCCCUAUAAUACCUACACCACGAC